AUGUCCUCUCAGCUUGCAGCUUCCAAGAGCAACCAGGCUGCUCCUACCAACAAGCCUGUCAUGCAAGAGCAUAACAAUGUCAUUGUGGAGCAAAUCCACCCAGAGAAGCCAGACCACCAAGACUGCCCAGAAUUUCAGGCAGCCAAGAAGCACGAAGCCUUCUUGCAGCUGAUCCGCGAAUCGCCGGCUUGUAUGGCUGAAAGGUAUUUCAGCAACAUGACUGAUCAUACACGGCAAGAUUUCGACGAAACUACCGACAAGACUAAACGAUACUGGGCGCAGCAUCCCGUCCUUUUUUCACUUUACUUUGGUAACUCUGGAUCGAGCUCUGGGAAUCAGUCAACGCUGCCGACGCAGGUUUCGUCUGAACUUGCUGAAGAUGAUGGGCACGGUGAUUGCAAGACUAUCAUCCACGCACCAAAGCCGCGCCGCGAACAGCGGAUCGCCGCGGACCUGGAGAAAGUAAUCGAACGGGUUGACUACAACCCAACGCCCUAUACUGCCUACGAAGCUGUCCACGAUGCGCCCGACAGGUCGUGGGGACAGCCUGGCAACUACGAGACGUACCAGACCCAGUGGCAACAACGUCUAUACGCAUUUUGGGGACGACAUCAGAACUACACGCGGCCGAGCUUCGUUCAUUGGUAUCCUGUGGAGUAUACACAGUGGUCGCAGGGUCAACAGUUACCUCCGUAUCAGCAAUGUCGGCCUCAACCACCACCAGGGUACUCGCAAUACCAUGCUGCCCAGCCGAUGUAUACGCCUGAGUAUCAUGCUCGGUACCAGCAACAGUAUAUCCCAUGGCAGCCAGGAUUUGGCUACUACAGACAGUUGCCAGUACAGUGGCCAGCACCUGCGGCACAUCAACGCCCGCAUUUUAACAGUUAUGCGGAUGAGAUGACAAGGAUGGGCUUCGGGCGCUGA